AUGGUUAUUAAUAAAAAAUGUUUGUCAACAUUAUUUGCACUUAAAGUAAAUCCAUUAUUUAGAAAUGAUAAUGACCUUUGUUGGCUUAUAAAUCAUUUUCAAAUAGAAACAAUUGACUUCAGUGAUAUGCCAAUUUCAUCUAUAGAACUUUUAACAAAAACUAAAAGAAUAAGAAAUCCUAAUUUUUAUCCAAUUAUUAAAAAUGGAUUGUUAAAUGAAUCAAAUGCAUCUGAAAUAUUCGAAAAAGUAACUCAUUUAAAAUUGUAUAAAAGAACUGAAGAAGACCAGAUGAAUGAAAUCGAAAAUAUGAAUAACUUAAUAUUAAAAUAUUAUAAGAGUUUCGUUCAUUUAAAUUAUUUGGAAGGGGAUUUAGAAUUAGUAUUAUAUUUUCUUACAAGAUAUACCAGUUAUGGAAGGGAAAAGUUUAUAAAAAUACCAUCAACAUUAUUAAUUUAUUCUUUAAAUGGAAAUGUAAUUGAAUUAAAGAAGAAUAAUAUUGAAUUGAUUCAAAAAAUAGAAUCACUUAUUCCUGAUAAUCAAAUAAUAAAUUUUUAUAUUAUUUUUGAUAAUAACUCAAAAAAAGAAUUAUUUAAAAGUCAAGUUACUAAUUCAUGGUAUAGAAGAAUAAGUUAUGAAUUAAAUGAACAGUGGAAUAAAAAUGUAAUUUGUGAUGGAGGUUGUUGUAUUCUUUUUAAACGAUUGAUUGAUAAUUCAAUGAAUGAAUUAUUAAAUAAAAUGUAUCCAAAAGAAUUGAUUUUUGAAGAAAUAACUACUACAACAAAAUGGGAUAUUCCAUCAUAUAUUACUACUAUUCAUAUUAAUUAUUCUAGUAAAACUACUCAUUGGAAAUUUAAACCAACUUUAAGAUUUAUUAAAGAAUUAUUUAUGAAUCAAAUUGACUUUAUUAUUAUUUCAUCUUCUCUAGAAAAUCUUCAACAAAUGUUAUUAUGUUCAUGUCAAGAAUCAACAUUUCAAAAUUGUGAAAUGAAGUCGUUGAAAAGAAUUAGAAUUAUAAAUUCUUUUCAACUUAGUUUUUGUAAAUGUAGUUAUAGUAGUUUAGAAGAACUAACAAUCAUUAAUAGUGGUGGUGUACAUUUCACUAAUCUUUUAAUGUCAUUGAAAAAAAUAGAGUUAGUAAAUAGUAGAAGAUUAACUAUUCCUUUUGAACAUGAACAAAAUAAUACCUUCACUUUUUAUAUCGAGUCAUGUUCAGAAGUUCAUCUUUCUCCAAGUAUACUUAAAUUAUUAAAUCUUAGAUCAAACCAUCAUGAGUUUUCUAAUACUUUUUAUUUUCCACCAAUCAAAGAGUAUCAAAACAAACAUUUAUUUACAUUCAAUAAAUUUAUUUCAUUUUCAAAUGAUAUUGAAGUAAUUGAAGAUUCUAUUAGAAGAAUCAAAGAUAAAAAUAGUAUGGAAGAAUAUGAUUUAAUUGUUUCAAGAGACUUUGGAACAUUUUCUAAUUACUAUAAAAAACAGAUGUUUAGUACUAUCCAAGGAGAGGUAUAUUAUUUAAAAGGAAUACGUUAUAUUGAAAUUACUGUUGUUGGUAAUAGUUGGAUUUCUAUUGGAUGUAUUGAUGAAGAUAAUUAUGAAUGUACAAUAUCUUCUCAAUUAGGUUGGUUAAAGAAUAGCAUUGGUUUUCAUUCAGAUGAUGGAAAGGUUUAUUUAGAAUCAACUUAUAAAACAAUUGCACAAGGAUUGGCUUAUGGAAAUAAAGUAGGACAGACAAAUAUUAUUGGUAUAGGAUAUGAUUGCUUUAAUGAAGAAAUCUUUUAUACAAUUAAUGGAUGUUUCUGGAAAAAAUUUAAAAUUCCUUGGAGAAAUGUAGCAGUUGCAAUUUCAUUUGGAAGGUUUCAUCCCAUUCAAAUUAAUUCAGGAAGAAAACCUUUUCUAUUUGAUAAUAGACAAAUAUUUUCUGAAUUACUAUAUAAUAGCUAA